UUAGCGUCGCUCAUAUAAGACGAGAAAGCUUCAGUGUCUCGUGAAAUCUGAGAGCUUCUCUGUUUGAGAAGUGUUCCUUCGCGAUAUUGGCGUGGAUCCAAUGACGGAUUCUCCGAAGACCAAGCUCCACGGCGGCGGCGGAUCCGGAUUCGGCUCCAUCGGCGAGGACGUCCUCGAGAGCAUCCUCCGGCGUCUGCCGGCGGCGACCUUCGCGUCGGCGGCGUGCGUCAGCCGGUCGUGGCACCGUGUCUGCAGGCGGAUCCUCUCUCGGCCCAAGCUCGCUUCUGCUCUCUCCCUCAACCCUUGUGCUCAAAAUGCUUUGCAAGAGGUUGUUGAUAAGGUUUUGUCUGAGCCAAUUUGCCCCCAUUUUGCCAUUGUCAAUGUCGGAAAUAAUGUCAAUAUGACGGAUGCUCUUCAAUACAUUGGUCGUAAAUUGGGAGCUGGAACGCCUAUAGUAAUAUCUGCUGACAGUGGAAUUAUUGGAGUAGAUGCUCUUAUUAAUCAAGUCAAAGAGGUUGAAGGAGGUAUUGAUGUUGGUUCCUACAACAGUGAAGAUUCCGACAAUGCUGAACAGGGUAUUGUCCUGACCGUGGGUUUUGUACCAGGUUUGAAAGUUGAUGUUGUCCCGCUGCUGCAUCUGGUGGAAGUAAAUGAGGACACGUUAAUGGUUGACAAGUUCAUAACGGAUAUAACGGAAUACUCAGUUGCUAUGUCAGGGUGCUCAACACCAGUUGGAGUUAUUAUGUUUGGAGAUGGAGUUGCGGAGAUCAAAUCGGCUGCUGAGAAACUAGAUUAUGCAAUGCCUUUGGAAACUGCGAUAGUAGGUGACGAGAAAGGCAAUUUUGAGUACAGAAGUGCAGACAAUUCCAGAUACGUCCCUGCGAUUGGGCUCCAAGACUACACCGCUAGUGCCAUUGCACUUGUUUUUGCCAAAGAUAGACACAAAUGCCCUGGGUUAGGUGAUAUUAAGUUUCAUGUGGCAUUAUCGGAUGGAUUGUCAACUAUUGGUCCAAGGCACAGGGCAGCUUCCGUUAAAGUUGAUGAUUGCUGUACUUUGCUCACUGCUAGAAGAGAAGGUCAGGAGGAAAUUCUUGACGGUGAAGGAAUUCUGAAUGAUAUCAGAGAUGAGCUCGAAAAUCGUGUUGAGUACCCUGACGUGUACAUUGGAGUAACUAAAAGAAGGGUAUAUAAAGUUGGGGCAGAGAAGGCAAAGUCGAUGUCAUUCUUGUCAUUUCAUGGUGUGAUGGGGGGUGUUGAGUACCUUCGUGUUGAGGGGUCUGGCAUUGAAAGUGGAGAUAAUUUCCAGUUUUACUAUUCUGAUCCUGCAGCUGCCCUUGCCUCGUGCCAUAAAGUUUCAGCGCGCAUGCGAAGUCUGAAUCCAGGAAGUGAUUCCGAUUGCUCUGAUAAAGUGGGGAACAUUGUUGCGAGUGUUGGUAAAUCCUGGGUUUUCGGAGGUUUCAUUUUCUCUUCUUUUGGCCGUGGAGAAUCGUUUUUCAAUGAUUUCAAUGUCGAUAGCUCGCCGUUUGUGGAGAACUUUCCUGGAGUUCCAGUGGCAGGAAUCUUUUGUGGUGGGGAAAUAGGCCGUUGCUCACCAAGCUUGUGCGUGCAAGAUAGCGAAGAAGGAACAUCUGUGCGUCGUGUUUGCCAUGUUUAUAGCACCGUUUAUCUGUUAAUGUCAUACACUCAAGCUCCUCCAGGUGCCGCCGUCACAUCUUGAUCCGUUGAUUUUAUUCCUGUGGAUAGGAUGUUUGUGCAUUUCGACUUGACCAGUCAUGUUGAUCAUGAAAAGGAAAUUAGGUGGUUGUUUAUUUGGAGGAUGCUUUGAUGUCCCCAGGAUCUAGGAAUGACAAUAGACAAUAUGCAUGUCCUUUCAUUACUUGGAUGUUCUUGAUGUUAACCUAGCCCCAAGAAUCAAAUAUUCAUGGAGUUUUGA